GGUGGAGGCAUUUACACUCCGAGACUGAAAUCAACAACAGAAGAAGAUCAGUGAAGAAGCCAACGCGUGUGUUUUACUGAAUGAGCAGUGCUCAAUGGCGGGGCUCGAGUUGCUGUCGGAUCAGGGAUACCGACUCGAUGGACGGAAAGCGUCCGAGCUGCGCAAGGUGCAGGCCCGCAUGAGUGUGUUCGCGCAGGCGGACGGAUCCGCGUAUCUGGAGCAGGGCAACACUAAAGCGCUGGCCGUGGUGUAUGGACCGCAUGAGACACGAGGCUCUCGCAGUAAAUCUCUGCACGAUCGUGCGGUCAUUAACUGUCAGUACAGUAUGGCCACGUUCAGCACGGCGGAGAGGAAGAGACGUCCACACGGAGACCGCAAGUCCAGCGAGAUGAGCCUUCACCUCAAACAGACCUUUGAAGCUGCGGUGCUCACUGACCUCUACCCACGAUCACAAAUUGACAUCUACGUAAAGAUUCUGCAGGCAGACGGUGGGAACUACAGUGCUUGUGUGAAUGCUGCGACUCUGGCUCUGGUGGACGCUGGCAUUCCCAUGCGUGACUAUGUGUGCGCCUGCACUGCCGGUUUUGUGGAGGACACACCGCUGGCCGAUCUGUGUCACGCAGAGGAGAGCGGAGGAGGAACGUCUCUGGCGCUGGCCCUGCUGCCCCGCAGCGGAAACAUCGCCCUGCUGCAGAUGGACGCCCGGCUCCACCAGGACCACUUGGACGCUUUAAUAGAGGCAGCCAUGACGGCGUGUAAAGGUCUCAGCAAAGUCCUGGACGGCGUUGUGCGUCAGCAUCUGGAAGAGGUUUCAGUUCUGACCAGAGAUUGAGAAGGAGAGCAGCUUUGAUUGUAAAAUGUCCUGUUAACUCCCUGAAACGGACUGCGUUAUCAUUGCAGAAUGAAGCUUACGUUUGGCUGAAGUGACAGAUUUGACUGAUGAAACGGCAUAUAUAAUGUCUACAAAAAACUGUUUUGUAAUAAUAAAGAUUUGAAAGAGUUUUCAUAAAAAGGUUUAUCAUAAUAUUUUUCAUAUAAAAGCAGUUAACAACUAUUUUUCCUUUUGUGUACCUCUGUACACUAUCAUUUUUGUUUCCCCGCUAAUAAUUAUAAACAUUUAUUCCGCAUCUAUUUUGUACUGCCAGUAUUUUAUGUGCAACAAACAUUGAAUAAACACAUCCUAAGUCAGGGUUUAUCAAACCAGGGGGUUUCUGAGUUAAUGAAAAGCUAUUAAUUAAAUAAUACAAUUAAAUAUUUAAUAAACACAAUUAUAAAUAAAUCAUUUUAAAAUCGAAGGUUGAAAUGCUAAAGUCCCUUUAAGACGAGUCAUUUCACUCGGCGACCAUCUUUGAAACGUGUCUCUGGCAUGCAAGAGCAGCUCCUAUCUAUUUGAAUGGGGAAGCAUCAAAUUCUCCAAAACUGAUCACCAAGCUUACGAUUAAAUUUAAUAUUUGAAAUCUGACAACAACUUCCUCAUAAAUGUUGUUCCUAAAGGCCCCGAUAUACUUAAAAACGAAACGUAAGAUCGAACUGAUAUGACUUCAUUUUGAACAAAAUCAGGCUGAAACGAAGUUCGUUUUGAGUUAGUUUCGGCAGUUCGAAACAGUUGACCAAAGCAAACUUUCUGGGGGAGUUCGUUUUGGCUCCUAAACACCUUUGAACUACCAUUGGUCCAUGAAGAUUACGCAAUCGGUGGGUGUGUUCUGGAACUCCACCUUCUUUGAUGUGCGAUUUAUUUAUUUAUGAUUUAUUUUUUCCCGGUUCGCUUCUCAUUCAACAAAGGUGAGGCAGGAGCACAACAUCUCCAAGUCACUAGCAAUAAGCCACAUACCUUCUGUGUAGAUAUCAGAGAACAAUUUAAAAUAUUGUAUCAAUGCAUUCUAUGGCACCUUUAAAUGUUCAGAGAAAGCCUUCAAUUCCUAGAAAGAAAUUGCAACGAAGUUUGGUGUCGACGACCCGGAGUUAUUCAAAAAGCGACAUAGAGAAACAUCAAAUACAAGUUUUCCAAAGCCAUGAAAAGUAUGAAACGAAAGAAGAUAUAACAUAGCAAGUACCAAAUACAUGUUUCAAAUAAAUGUUACACCAUA